UUAAAGUUGCGUCAACCAAUGAAAGAACAGUUCACAUUUCUGGUGAAAAUGAGUACCCAGAAGUCGUCGAUGAUAAACACAAGAGAAGAACUGAAUGAAUUAGUACGAAGGAGGACCGAAAUAGCGGAUACCCUUGCCAAUCUUGAAAGACAGAUUUAUGCUUUUGAAGGGAGUUAUUUAGAAGAUACUCAGCUCUAUGGAAACAUUAUCAGAGGAUGGGAUAGAUAUUUAGCAAAUACAAAGAACACAAACAGUAAGGCAGACAAACGGAACAGGAAAUUCAAGGAGGCCGAUCGUCUCUUCUCCAAAUCUUCUGUCACAUCGGCUGCCGCUGUCAGUGGUAUAGUAGAUUCAUUUGACAAAAACCGUGACCGAGACUGUCCGUCUAGUCCGGAUUCCCAGAACAACCAGAACAGUGCCAACACACCACAGACAAACGGACAGUCCGACAGCAACGAGUCCAGUCACAACCACUCAGGGAAGCUCCACAAAGGGGGCGGGGUUAUACGACACAAGAAAAAUAAAAGCAAAAAACACAGAGUUGAAGUGAAACUAAAAAGAGGAAAAGAUGUAUCAGGAGAAUAAAGGAGAAUAUAAUGGUCAUGUAAUAUUUAGUCCAGUAUUUAAACCACAUCUCAUUCAUCACUACGUGGGAAUUCUGUGAUGGAACCUAUCGUUUUUGUGGAAGAGACACCAUUCAGUUUUCAGUGUAUGAAUUCUACCAAUGUUUCUAUCAAUUGGAACUUUAGAACAUACUUUGUUCAGCGACUGGAACAGGAAUGAGGAAAAAUAUUAAAAAGAACAAAUAUAUAUAAUUGUAAGACGCUUUUAUAUGGCUUAUUGACCUAACACUACUACAUUGUAUUAAGAAUAUUUUGUGACAUGUAGUGAUCUAUGAUCAUAUUCUGAUCUGUGUCAAGUUCUUUCAUGUUGAUUCAAGUUCAUGUUAUAGGAAUCUCUCAGGAUGAGAUUAAAUAAUACAGUAACUUCAUAAGUACUUUUUUUCUGCAUAUCAUUGUCUUACAGCUUUGAGAUCUUUUUUCAUUUACCUUUUGCCAUUGAUCAAAUUUUGUGUAACAUGAUGUUUCUCAAUUUUUCAUGUCUUUUUUC